GUGUGCCUAAGACUUCUGCACAGUACUGUAUAUGUAUAUUAUUACUCUCUAAUGUCUUUAAUGACUUUAACUGAUUUUGUCUAUGUCAUCAGAGUGUCAUUGAUUGAUAUGAACAAAGAAAGAGCUGGCCAAUGUUUUGGGAGUGUGUUUGCUGGUCUAGAUUUAAUAAGUAUGUUCAUCCCUGAGUUCCUGUGGGAUCCAUAAUACAGACCAUCACCAAAUCCCCAGCAUAACAGAUGGAGCAUCAGUCACUCAUUAGUCUCUGGAGUCGCACGCUUACUAUAUAUAAGGACAGUUGCCACAGCCAUGGGAAAGCUUGGCCAGAUCGGCUCCACUUACACCAUAACACCAGUGCAGAUCCAGAUGAGCAGCGCCUGGACUGGUCGAACUGCAGUGAUGGAUGCAGGUGUGUGGCUGGUGAUCGGCGUACUGCUGGUAAUGACUGAUCUGAGCCAGUCCUUCCCGAAAGAGGACGUGCUGGAGCAGAGCAAACACCCGCUGGAGUCACGCGAGGACUCCGACAGGACCACGGUGGAGAGUCGAGAGGCCUCGGAGGAGAAGAUGGAUCAUUUACUGGAGGAUCGUCUUCUGGUGGAGAUGUUGCGGUCUUUACUCCAGGACUCUCAGAGAUAUGAACGCAACCCUUCAGUGCUGCACCAGCCCCAGCGGUUCGGUCGGGGCGCUCGGACUGGCGUGUCCACAGAGGAAAGGAUACAGUCCCGUGACUGGGAGACGGUUCCUGGGCAGAUAUGGAGCAUGGCAGUGCCACAAAGAUUUGGCAAAAAAUAACACCAAGCCAUCAUAAAAAUUGAGUGAUGUCUUCAGGGUAUUGCAUAAAUAGAAAGGUGAAUUAUUUGAUCAGAAACAUCUAAAAGCAUUUCAUUCAUUUCUGUCUCCACUACAUUCCCAAAUAAAAGAGUCAGCUCUUAUUUGCAUUUCAUGAAAUAUGUGAUAGUAACUAUAACACAUCAAAACAAUAAUAUUUAAGUGUAUAAGUAGUAAUUGUUUAAUAAGUUCUGUACAAGUGUCAGGGAAUGUUUUGAUUUUUAAUCCAUUGUAAUUGAUAAUCAUUGAAUGUGUUGUGUAUUUUGUGUGUAUAAAUAAAUGAUCAGCUUUGCUUGUUUAGUGUAAUGUAGCUGAGGAAAGCAGGCCAAAACGAG